CGCGGCCGGCUGGCGCUUUCUAGUGUGGCUGAGGGCUCGGGGUGGUAGGCGGGGACCGUCUCCCGACUCCGGCCUCCGCGGGAUGGCCUCCAUUAGUGUCGCGCGGAACCCCGAAAGCGAAGCCGCUCUGGGGAGUUAGUUCACCGACUCCCGGGCCCCAAGUUUUCAGCUUGAAAGGAGGAAUUUCGCAAAGCCUCCGGAAGCCAGAACCCACGCUGUACCCCGUAGCGGAUGUCCACAGCCGCCAAGAAGCUGGACUCUGCAGAUCUGAUUAGGGUAACAGGUUAAUCAGGUCGAGUGGGAGGAGGACCCUGUCUCAGAAGCAAAAGCAAGUCAUAUUCCAAGACGCAUCAUGUCCACUUUCGAAGAUGCUGAUACGGAAGAGACAGUGACUUGUCUCCAGAUAACUGUUUACCAUCCUGGCCAGCAGCAAAGUGGUGUAUUCCAAUCAAUGAGGUUUUGUAACCGAGAAAAACUUCCUUCCAGCGAGGUGGUGAAAUUUGGCCGAAAUUCCAACAUCUGUCAUUAUACCUUUCAGGACAAACAGGUUUCCCGAGUUCAGUUUUCUCUGCAGCUGUUUAAAAAGUUUGAUAGUUCAGUUCUCUCUUUUGAAAUUAAAAACAUGAGUAAGAAGACCAGUCUGCUUGUGGACAACAAGGAGCUGUGCUACCUAAAUAAAAUAGACCUGCCUUACAAGUGCAUGGUCAGAUUUGGUGAGUAUCAGUUCCUGAUCGAGAAGGAAGAUGGAGAGUCAUUAGAGUUUUUUGAGAUUCAAUUUAUUUUGUCUCCAAGAUCACUCUUGCAAGAAAACAACUGGCCGCUCCAGAAGCCCAUACCGGAGUAUGGUGGUUACCCAUUCUUCUCCACCCAAAACACUUCUCCUACAGAAAUGGAUGAAAAUGAAUUUUGAACACGGAGGGCUGAGAGGAGAAUCAUGAAGGAUGAAGAAAUCUAUAGACAUUUUAUGGAUACUUCACAGUUUAUUAGUAUAUUACAGUCAUCUGUUGUCAAAUUUGGCAACUCUUAUUAUCAUUUUGAAGUUUUUAAAUUGUAUUAGUCAUCAGUUUAGUCAUUUGUUACAUUCCUAGAUGUAUUUUGGAAUUACUGUGUAUUAUUAAGAAUUAUUAAGCAUAUUUAAGUGUACAUCUGUGAGGGUUAAUGUACAAGAAGUAUCCGUGCUGAUGAAGGGAUAGUGUUCUCAGUAGGAUUAUUUUCUUUUUAUGCUUGCUUUUAGUCCUAUGUUUUGUUUUGUAAGGAACAGUCUCUUGGUUUGGUCAUAUUAUUUCACACGUAGCCGUUUUUCAAGGUCAAGGCUGUGGGCGUGUUGUUACUUGUGGUGUAGCCUGUUGGUACCUGCAGUACUAGGGUACUAGCGUAAUGUGUUUUGGAGAACUGUCAGUGCAUCAUUGUGGUUUUAGUAUAGGAAGCCCUAUCUGAGCAAUAAUACCUUUUCUAUGAUUUCCUUUCUGUAGAAUAAUAGUGUUUAUUCCCAAAAAUAGAGUUUUCCUUGUAUAUAUUCAGUAUCUAAAACCAGUAUUUUGGACAUUUUAAUGAACCAUUGCUAUGUUUAGGAUUCUUUUUCAGUUUUCUUACCAAACAUUGACUUUUAUGUACCAUGCAUUUUUAAAUUCCAUGAAUUUGAAAUUUUAACAACAUUCAUGCAUAUAAUAAAGUCAAAGUUUAA